GCUCGAACCCCGCGUUUUACAAAAACAAUACAGCGGAACCAAGUGAAAUAACCGCGUUAAAAUCUGCGUUUCUUCAAGACUCGAACUGUCGGGGUGGUGUCGAGGUCAUGCCCACGCCUCGGCAAGGCUAGCUCUGGACAGAGUUGUUCAAAACUGCAGUGGCAAACCCUGUUAUAUCAGCGCCGAACGGACCACGGCGGCGUUUUGUUUGUGUUAGCCGUAACGUUAGCAGGUGGUUAGCUAGCCAGGUAGCUGGGGAGGAACCGUUACCUUGCCAACGAACGUCAACUGAAACUGCUGCGCCGAGAAUUUUCCCCCGCAGAUUUUGGAAAUCCAAGUCUCACAUUAUCUCUCGACGACUUGAGCUGGAGAACUAACAACAAUGUCGCUGUCGACUGAGGUGAGUCGAGGCGUCCGGUUUAAAGGAGAGACCAUUUGUGUGGUGCCCGACCUCUUCUCUGAUCAGCAAGAUGACUUUGACCUCAAUAAGUCCUACCCAUGCACCAAGAGACCGUUGUACAAGAAGAGCCUUUCCACAAUGCGACGUCGUUAUUACCCCGGUUCCUUGACCGGUGAGGGCUUGGAUGUUUGCAGUUCUGUCGCAGCAAGAAACCACCAAAUCUCAAGCUUACAUCCCGAGCCACAAGUUUCUGCUGUCUGCCUGCCACACCCAUCCACUGUGUCAGAGGCCGAGGAAAGCCUCUUCUGUCAGCUGAUCUCUGGAAACUUUGGCCUGACAGGAUCUCCAUCUGUCCUAAACCCAAACAAAGGCAUUCUUACUGUCAACCAUAAAACCAGAGAGAUUAUGUCAGUGAACGAACAGGCCUGCAGACUUUUUGAGUGCACCACUGAUGAGCUGAUUGGGAAAAAACUGGAAAGUUUCUUAAAGAAAACCAGCCAGGUCAUGGAACAAGCUUUGGAAGAAGAUUUUCUGCUCGUGGAUGGAACUAUUGCAACUGUGUCUGGAAAAGUGAUGGAUGUUGUGACACUAUUUAGUGAGGUGCCAGUGUCGGUGUGCACUCACAAACCAUCACAAAAUUCAGAUCACUGGCUUGUCAUGGUUGAAAAUGUGGAACGGCUAUCAGCCUUUAUCUCCUUUUCACAAGAUGGCAGUGUCCUAACCUGUGACUUCGCAUUUGCCCAUCUCCAUGGAUACCACCAUCCUGACGAGUUAAAAGGGUUGUUAGUAAAGGAGCUAAUCCCCUCUUUACAAAUCCCUCUCCACACUCACGCCUUGCCCAAAAUGCUGAGGGUACAGAGACGCUGCGGUAAAAGCAGAGGGGGUGCAUCAGUCCCGCUGUGCAUCAAAAUUCAGGGGGCAGUUCUAUGUGGAAAAGCCCAACACCAAGAAAAUGAGAUUGGUUGCACCUGCCUAACAGAUAGUUUUGAAAGAUCAGAUUCACAGGACAAGCAAGCUUGCUCCCCUCUCGCCUCUCCUGUGUGCAAGACAGAAGCCUCACACUCUGAAAACUGUGAGCGACCUCAUGGAAAAGAGCCGUCCUCCGAAGUCAAGGUGGAAAGCAGUGCCAUCACCUCAGGACCUGCACUGGAGUACUCUGGGACAGUCUGUGCGUUUGCUCCUCUCAGUGGCCUCCUCUUGCUCCGCCCUGAUGGCUCCAUCUCCAGCAUCCACAACCACCUGGCCCUCAGUUUGUUUGGUUACAUCAAGGACGAGUUGUUAGGAAAGAGUGUCACUUUCCUGAUGCCUGGUUUCUACGGAUGGAUGUCCGACGCAGACAGAAAGUCCUGCCCGUUCCCUGAUUCUCAAGAAGAGACUGGUAAAAGUGCAGCCUCAUCCAAAAUAUCAGGAAAAUCUGACCCGUCCUCCCUGGUGGCUGGAGAUAUGGCCACGGUGCAUCAGGCCAUCAUGGAAAGAACCUCGACGGGCAGAGGCAGAAUCUUCACUGGAACCGGCACCAGACUGGAGAAACAGGGCAGCGCUUUGUGGAAUCUUUCCCCACCUGCAGUUACUUCAACACGAAUGCUUAUGGCUGAUGACACUACGGAGUUGAUGGAGGAGGCAGCGCGGGUUGCUCCCUGCAGUAGCCACCUGGACUGUGCAGACUCUACUCAGGCACUCCUCAAGACAUAUGCCUGGGUGGAACCUCCAGAAGAAGGCACCUACUGCCCCGUCGUCCUGGAAUUACCACACCAUAACGGUGACCAGCAGUUCUGCAAUGGGGUUCAGAAAAAUGAUCAACCUGCCAUUGCAGUUAUCCCAGACACUCCCACCCAGAGGGGACCUGCUGUUGGCAGGGAUGGUGGCACCUCCCCUGAUAGGGGUAAACACCACCCAUCAUGUGCCUCUGUACUCCAAGAUUCCAGCUACGAGGUCAUUUCCCUGGAGAGCAGGUCUUCCUCUGGCUUCUGUGAAAAGUUUGCUGGUCAUGUUGGAUCUGACCCAGGCCAAGCAGAGGAGUCUCAUGCGGUACACAUAGAGGACUCAGCCAGCUACUUCCUGGACCUCAACAGCAAUGGUGAUCUGGUGACCCGGGCCCUGGCUGACCUAGAUCUGAGUGCCAGUAUAGAGCUGCUAAGUGGCGGAGGGUACAACGAUGACAACCAACACUCCAUGACAUCCUGCGAUACAACCGAGCUCCUGCGGACAGCCUCUCCAUGCUGUGUAGAGUUUGACCAGGAGGCCGAGCCUGUUGAGACUAAAGAUGCUGCUGUGGAGGCCAGAAACGGUUCAAGUGAAAGACUACAAAAGGACACGGGCGAGCAGGAUCAGUCGGCAGCUCUCUCUUCACCUCAUAGCAAUAAGAGUGAGGAGUUCCGCGUGCAAAUGAAUGGCGGGAUUCAGUCACUGACGGACAUUCCUACUACAUCUACACCUAAGAAACGUAAAGUAAACGGACACACCCUGUCCUCAGACACUACAGAGAUACUUGAGGGGCAAUUUGAAGGAAUAGCCUACCACAGAGAUGGCACAAGAGUAGAUGUGCAGUGUGAUGUGUUCAAGACGAACCUCCCCAAUGGAACCUCUGUGUUCUGUGUGUGGAUGAGUCGGCCCGGCCUGCAGGGGACAAUGUUGCAAACAGAUCGAUCACUGCACAACCAAUCAGGAGCCAGUCUAGGAGAGAGGAUUGGAGAGGCCAGUCACAGGGAGGCGUUACGCUCCACUAUGGACUUGGAGCAGUCUCGAGCCUGUGACGGACAGUUUGAAGAAGAGUACCAGCCGCUUAAAGCUGUGGGUAAAGGAGCCUUUGGUUUUGUCUGGAAGGCUGAAAGACGCUCUGACGGACAAGAAGUGGUGGUGAAGUUCAUCCGUAAAUCCCGGAUUGUGAGUGACUGCUGGGUAGAUGACCCCAUGCUGGGGCGAGUCAGCCAAGAGAUUGCCAUACUGACACGAGUACAGCACCACAACAUUGUCAAGGUUCUGGAGGUGUUUGAGAAUGGAAAUUACUUCCAGAUGGUGAUGGAGAAACACGGAGUUAGUCUGGACCUUUUUGAAUUCAUCGACCUGCAGCCGAGGCUGGAUGAGCCCCUGGCCAGCUUCAUCUUUAGACAGCUGGUAGCAGCUGUCUUCUAUCUGAGGGGUAAGAACAUCCUUCACAGGGACAUAAAAGAUGAGAACAUCAUCAUCGACAAGUGUUUCCACAUUCGACUAAUAGACUUUGGCUCUGCUGCCAUGAUGGGUCCGGGGAAGCUCUUUUACAACUUCUGUGGCACACUGGAGUACUGCUCUCCAGAGGUGCUUCAGGGAAACCCCUACGAGGGUCCAGAGCUUGAGAUGUGGUCUCUGGGGGUUUUACUCUACACCCUCUUAUUCAGUGAGAACCCCUUCUGUGAUGUGGGUGAGAUUCUGGUAGCCAAACUCAAGCCCCCGUUCCCCCUCUCUUCAGAUCUCAAUGGUUUGUUGCGUGGGCUUCUGCACCCUGAUCCUGUCCAGAGGACAACUCUGGAUCAGCUCCUGCUGCACUCCUGGAUCAGCCAGGCCAUUUCCCUGGCGGAGUACAGCUGGACUGAGGUGGUUCCUACCACUCACAGCUUUUGCUCACCACAGGACCAAGAAUCCAGCCCUAUUAGUUACAAUAGACAAGGCUUGUUCCCAGAUCAUGAUGACAAGACUCUGCCCGAUGAUGAUGAGGAGGAGGAGGAGGAGGAAGAUGAGGAUGAUAGGUUGUCAAUGGUGGCCCUGGAGACGGAGCUCCAGAAGUACCUCCAUGACGGCUAAAGACUGAAUUUAAAGGGAGUGAAGUCCGACCAUCCGUCCAACGUUUUAUCUGCAGCAGUGCAAAGAGGACAUGAAUUGUAAAAUAGAUGAUGGAAUCUUGUUUUAAUCCAAGAACAUAAGCAAAUGGUACAUAACACAAACACUGCACCUUUGCCUUGUAUGAAGUAUACACAGUUUGCUACCAAGUGUAAAAGGCACCAUUGUCAAGCUGUUUGGUUGUCCAAAGUACAAUAUUUGUGUUAGCAGAGUGAGAUAUAGGAGCGCAAAAGCAUCACCAUGAACAUAGCAGCAUCUUCUACUCUUUUUAUUUAAUCUAUUUUAUUUAAUCAUUAGAUGUAGUGAAUAUUUGAGUGAUCAAAAUUAUGGUAAAGACUCACAGGGAAGCAGCGUUCCAUUAAAAUCCACGUGAACUGUGAUUUGUUCAUCUUAGAGAAACCACAUAAAAUUUUGAUAAAUUGAAGUUGAAAAGGUUUUUCAACUACAGCUUUAUGGAUCCUUGUUUAAUAAAAAUCUUUCUCCCGUCAAUGAUUUUAAAAUGUUUUAAUAAAUGAUUGUAAGUAUAUUUACAAUAUUUUAUCUAUUUGUAUACAUUAAUAUUUUACCUCAAAUGUGUUCUUUAUAUAUUUUUCCAGGUAAUAAUGAAUAAAUUGACUGUUAACCAGAA